AUGAAGCUGAGCCGGCAGUUCACGGUGUUCGGCAGCGCGGUCUUCUGCGUUGUGAUCUUCUCCCUCUACCUGAUGCUGGACCGCGGCCACUUCGACCACCCGAAGAGCCCCCGGCGGGAGGGCACCUUCCCCAAGGGCCAGCUUUCAAUAUUGCAGGAAAAAAUAGAUCAUUUAGAACGCCUGUUGGCAGAAAAUAAUGAGAUUAUUUCAAACAUACGAGAUUCUGUGAUCAAUCUGAGUGAAUCAGUAAAAGAUGGUCAGAAAAAUCCAGAGGCCAUAAACUUCAGUCAAGGAUCUGUUUCUGAGCUCUUUCCUUCUGCUUCAGUUUUGUUUGCCAUUGAUUCUGAGGAUUGUUUGUUUGCUUCAAAAAGUGGAAGUCAUAGUUCGGAUGUACAGAUGCUGGAUGUCUAUGACAUUCUUCCUUUUGAUAAUCCAGAUGGUGGCGUUUGGAAACAAGGAUUUGAUAUCACAUACAAUGAAAAUGAAUGGGACAGUGAACCACUUCAAGUUUUUGUUGUGCCUCACUCCCAUAAUGACCCAGGUUGGCUGAAGACUUUUGAUGAUUACUUUAGAGAUCAGACACAGCAUAUUUUAAAUAACAUGGUUAUAAAACUGCAAGAAGACAAUCGAAGGAAGUUUAUAUGGUCUGAGAUUUCCUACUUUUCAAAAUGGUGGGACGGAAUAGAUAGCCAAAAAAAGGAUACUGUUAAAAGGUUAAUAAAAGAUGGACAAUUUGAAAUAGUAACAGGAGGAUGGGUCAUGGCUGAUGAAGCCUCUGCUCAUUAUUUUUCUAUAAUUGACCAACUAAUAGAAGGACAUCAGUGGCUAGAAAAGAACCUUGGAGUAAAACCAAAGUCUGGCUGGGCAGUUGAUCCUUUCGGGCAUUCACCAACAAUGGCUUACCUUCUGAAACGCACAGGAUUUUCCAAUAUGCUUAUACAGAGAGUUCAUUACUCAGUUAAAAAAUAUUUUGCGACACAAAAGACACUAGAAUUUUUUUGGAGACAGAACUGGGAUUUGGGAUCCAGUACAGAUAUUCUUUGUCAUAUGAUGCCUUUCUAUAGCUAUGAUGUUCCUCAUACGUGUGGUCCGGACCCGAAAAUCUGCUGCCAGUUUGAUUUCAAACGACUUCCUGGGGGAAGAGUAAGUUGCCCUUGGAGAGUUCCACCAGAAGCCAUUCAUGCUGGAAAUGUUCAACACAGGGCUUGGAUUAUUUUAGAUCAAUACAGAAAGAAGUCAAAGCUUUUCCGUACUAAAGUUGUGUUGGCCCCACUAGGGGAUGAUUUCCGCUAUACUGAGAGCUCAGAAUGGGAUCAACAGUAUCAGAAUUAUCAAAAGCUGUUUGAUUACAUGAAUUCUCGUCCUGAGUGGCAUGUUAAGGCCCAGUUUGGAACUUUAUCAGAUUACUUUGAAGCUCUGCGUAAAGAAAGCAAUUUGGGUGAAAAGAGCAGCAAUUCAUUUUUUCCUGUUUUAAGUGGAGACUUCUUCACCUAUGCAGACAGAGAUCAUCAUUACUGGAGUGGAUACUUUACAUCACGACCCUUCUAUAAGCGCCUGGAUAGAGUCCUGGAAUCCUACAUACGGGCAGCUGAAAUUCUCUACUCCUUGGCUUUGGUACAGUCCAGUAAAUCUGAGAAGAUGAGUGUGUUUCCUUCAGUGAAUAACUACAAAUUGCUAGCAGAAGCCAGGAGGAACCUUGGACUCUUUCAGCAUCAUGACGCUAUUACAGGAACAGCCAAAGAUUGGGUAGUUGUGGAUUAUGGCACUAGGCUUUUCCAUUCAUUAAUGAACUUGAAGAAAGUGAUAAUUGACUCUACUCAUAUUCUUAUCCUAAAGGAUAAAAGUACUUAUAGUUAUGAUGCAUCAACUCCAUUCCUGAAGAUGGAUGAUGUUCAGGCCUCCCAAGAUUCUCUGCCACACAAGACAGUUAUAAAGCUGACAUUGCAACCAAGAUACCUUUUGAUAUAUAAUCCUACGGAACAAGAGCGAUUUUCAGUGGUUUCAGUCCACGUGAAUUCACCCAAAGUUAAAUUAUUGUCUCCAUUGGGAAAACCUGUUGCUCUCCAGAUUAGUGCUGUUUGGGAUGGAGCAACUACAGUAUCACAUGAAGCAUAUCAGAUCUCUUUUGUGGCACAUCUGCCGCCUCUUGGGAUUGGAGUUUACCAGCUUUUGGCGGAUGAGAGUUCAGAAGCAGUCUUAGCUGACUACAAUAUAUACAUAAGGAAUAGUAGGCAGGAAAAGGCAGACAGAAUUUUCAAGAUAAAAGAGAUGGAGAAUUCUGCAGAUAAUAUAAUCUUAGAAAAUGCAUACAUGAAACUGUGGUUUUCAGGAAUGUCUGGAUUACUGGAGAAAAUAAACACUAAAGAAGAUGGUAAAAACCAUCAAAUGAAAGUGGAGUUUGCUUGGUAUGGAACUACAAGUAACCGAGAUAAAAGCGGGGCUUAUCUCUUCCUACCAGAUGGAGAUGCCAAGCCUUACAUUUUUACAGAUCCACCUACCAUAAGAGUUGCUCAUGGAAGGAUUUUUUCAGAAGUUGUUUGUUUUUUUCACCAUGUAACACAUACCAUGCGACUUUAUAAAGUCCAGGGUUUGGAAGGACAGUCUCUCGAAGUUUCCAAUAUUGUUGACAUUAGAGGAGAAUAUAAUCGUGAACUUGCAAUGAGAAUUUCAUCUGACAUUAACAGUCGAAAUAGAUUCUAUACUGAUCUUAAUGGGUAUCAGAUCCAGCCUAGACUGACGAUGAGCAAGUUGCCUCUUCAAGCAAAUAUCUAUCCUAUGACUACAAUGGCUUAUAUUCAAGAUGUUGGUGUUCGUUUGACACUCCAUUCAGCUCAGUCUCUAGGUGUUGCAAGCUUGAAAAAUGGUCAGCUGGAAGUGAUCAUGGAUCGCCGGCUUAUGCAGGAUGACAACCGUGGCCUUGGACAAGGUGUUCAAGAUAACAAGAUUACAGCUAAUAUCUUCCGACUUCUGCUGGAAAGAAGACAUGGAACAGAUGUGAAUGAAGAGAAGGCAUCAGUCAGUUUUCCAUCACUUCUUAGCCAUAUGACCUCUCUUUUCCUAAAUCAUCCUGUAAUUCCAAUGACAACAAAUGCAGAGUCAGGUGUCCCAGAGAUGAUGAAUAUAUUUUCUCCACUCAUGUUGUCCAUGCCUUGUGACAUGCAUAUAGUCAAUCUGAGGACAAUCCAAUCAAAGGUAGAUACCGAACCAUCUGAUGAAGCUGCUCUGAUUCUUCACAGGAAGGGAUUUGACUGCAGAUUUUCAAACAGAGACAUGGGUCUGCUCUGUUCCACUACUCAGGGAAAGAUAAAGGUGCAUAAACUCUUUAACAAAUUCAGGGUGGAAAGUCUUACACCCACAUCUUUAUCUUUGAUGCAUUCACCUCCAGAUGCCAGAAAUAUAAGUGAAAUAAAUAUGAGUUCUAUGGAGAUAAAUACGUUCCGGAUUCGGCUAAAAUGAAAUCUUGCUUUAAUACUCAGAUAGAGAAGAAGGAUCUGCAAUUAUAUCUCCUCUUAGUUUCACGUGCAAUAAGAAGCACAUUAAUAUUGUUCCGUCUUCUGGAUGCUGUGAGAAAAAGAUGCAUUCUAUAAUUUUUUUUGACUACACAGUGAAAAGCCAUGUUGCAAGCAACUUUUUUGUUUGUUCAGGUUUCCUCCCUCCCCCUCCUCCCUCCCCAUAAAAUAGGAACAUCAGUGGGAGUUAAUACAAGUGAAGACAUUUCUAAGGAUGUUAACCUCUCAACAGAUUAAAUCUCAGGUUAAAUGCUAACUAAUGAUGCUUCUGGUGUUUUAAGUUUCAUAAAGAGGGGAUUGGAUUUUAAACAGCCUUCUUUUGCUGAUUCUUGAUGAAUUUACGUACAAAUAACUCAGUGUAGAAAGUCCUGAUGCAGCUUGGAAAUAAUAAGAUAAAAUAUU